AUGUCUGUCGAUCCACGGAGGGCGCGAAUGCAGGUCCGGACUGCUACACCAACUCAACAGCCACCUCAACCUGUUCAGCCUGUAGUUGCACCGAGCUCUGUUGCUUCCACAACUCAACUUGUCCCUCCAUCAAAUGUAGAUGGAGCAGCAGAUCUGAGAUCAGUAGCUACUACACCUAUACCUCCAGCCCCAGCACCAAACGAGCAAUCCUAUAAAUUGAAAUUCUGCACCGUAUGUGCGUCAAACAACAAUCGGAGUAUGGAGGCCCAUCUGCGUUUGGCCACAGAUAGGCAAUACCCAGUUAUCUCGUUUGGAACGGGCUCUUAUGUGCGUCUUCCUGGUCCUACCAUCUCACAGCCUCAAGUUUAUAACUUCAACACUACAUCUUACGACAAGAUGUACAACGAGUUGCAAGCACAAGACGCGAGACUGUAUAAAGCUAACGGUAUUCUGAACAUGUUGGAUCGCAAUAGAAACAUCAAAUGGGGUCCCGAGAGGUUCCAUGAUUGGAUUGUGGGCAAAGCAAGAACUGACGCCAUCACUCGAGGUGACAAGGGGUCUCUGGGCGCUGAAGGGGGUGUCGUCGAUGUUAUCUUCACCUGCGAAGAGCGAUGUUGGGACGCUGUAGUCGACAAUCUGCUCGACAGAGGCGCUCCUCUUAAUCGACCUGUCCAUGUGUUCAACGUCGAUAUUAGAGAUAACCACGAGGAGGCUCUAAUCGGUGGCCGCGCAAUUCUCGAGUUAGCAGAUGCGCUCAAUGAAGCUGCUGAUCAAGCACGAGGUACGCAUAGCGUCAAUGGCUGGGAUGCUGGCUCGGGUGCUGCUCGAGCAAGCUUCGAUGAAAGAGUGCCAGACAUUCUGGCUGAAUGGCAGGAACGUUGGCCAAACUUGCCUGCCUUGUGGACUUUGUCCUGGUUAUGA